AUGGCCGUUGUGCUUGAAGGCCGGACAUACUCCCUACUUCUCUACCACAGGUCGGACAUACUCCCACCUUCCCCAUCACAGGCCGGACAUACUCCUACCUUCCCCACCACAGGUCGGACAUACUCCCUACUUCUCUACCACAGGUCGGACAUACUCCCACCUUCCCCAUCACAGGCCGGACAUACUCCUACCUUCCCCACCACAGGUCGGACAUACUCCCUACUUCUCUACCACAGGUCGGACAUACUCCCACCUUCCCCAUCACAGGCCGGACAUACUCCCACCUUCCCCACCACAGGUCGGACAUACUCCUACCUUCCCUAUCACAGGCCGGACAUACUCCUACCUUCCCCAUCACAGGCCGGACAUACUCCCUACUUCUCUACCACAGGUCGGACAUACUCCCACCUUCCCCAUCACAGGCCGGACAUACUCCCACCUUCCCCAUCACAGGUCGGACAUACUCCCACCUUCCCCACCACAGGCCGGACAUACUCCUACCUUCCCCACCACAGGUCGGACAUACUCCCUACUUCCCCACCACAGGCCGGACAUACUCCCACCUUCCCCACCACAGGUCGGACAUACUCCCUACUUCUCUACCACAGGCCGGACAUACUCCCACCUUCCCCAUCACAGGCCGGACAUACUCCUACCUUCCCCACCACAGGUCGGACAUACUCCCUACUUCUCUACCACAGGCCGGACAUACUCCUACCUUCCCCACCACAGGUCGGACAUACUCCCUACUUCUCCAUCACAGGCCGGACAUACUCCUACCUUCCCCACCACAGGCCGGACAUACUCCCUACUUCUCUACCACAGGUCGGACAUACUCCCACCUUCCCCAUCACAGGCCGGACAUACUCCCACCUUCCCCAUCACAGGCCGGACAUACUCCUACCUUCCCCACCACAGGUCGGACAUACUCCCUACUUCUCUACCACAGGUCGGACAUACUCCCACCUUCCCCAUCACAGGCCGGACAUACUCCCACCUUCCCCAUCACAGGCCGGACAUACUCCUACCUUCCCCACCACAGGUCGGACAUACUCCCUACUUCUCUACCACAGGCCGGACAUACUCCUACCUUCCCCACCACAGGUCGGACAUACUCCCUACUUCUCCAUCACAGGCCGGACAUACUCCUACCUUCCCCACCACAGGUCGGACAUACUCCCUACUUCUCUACCACAGGUCGGACAUACUCCCACCUUCCCCACCACAGGUCGGACAUACUCCCUACUUCUCUACCACAGGUCGGACAUACUCCCACCUUCCCCAUCACAGGCCGGACAUACUCCCACCUUCCCCAUCACAGGUCGGACAUACUCCCACCUUCCCCACCACAGGUCGGACAUACUCCCUACUUCUCUACCACAGGCCGGACAUACUCCCACCUUCCCCACCACAGGUCGGACAUACUCCCUACUUCUCUACCACAGGCCGGACAUACUCCCACCUUCCCCAUCACAGGCCGGACAUACUCCUACCUUCCCCACCACAGGCCGGACAUACUCCUACCUUCCCCACCACAGGUCGGACAUACUCCCUACUUCCCCACCACAGGCCGGACAUACUCCCACCUUCCCCACCACAGGUCGGACAUACUCCCUACUUCUCUACCACAGGCCGGACAUACUCCCACCUUCCCCAUCACAGGCCGGACAUACUCCUACCUUCCCCACCACAGGUCGGACAUACUCCCUACUUCUCUACCACAGGUCGGACAUACUCCUACCUUCCCCACCACAGGUCGGACAUACUCCCUACUUCUCCAUCACAGGCCGGACAUACUCCUACCUUCCCCACCACAGGUCGGACAUACUCCCUACUUCUCUACCACAGGCCGGACAUACUCCUACCUUCCCCACCACAGGCCGGACAUACUCCUACCUUCCCUAUCACAGGCCGGACAUACUCCCACCUUCCCCACCACAGGCCGGACAUACUCCCUACUUCUCUAUUACAGGUCGGACAUACUCCUACCUUCCCCACCACAGGCCGGACAUACUCCUACCUUCCCCAUCACAGGUCGGACAUACUCCCACCUUCCCCACCACAGGCCGGACAUACUCCCACCAUCUCUAUUACAGGUCGGACAUACUCCCACCUUCCCCACCACAGGCCGGACAUACUCCCACCAUCUCUAUCACAGGCCGGACAUACUCCCACCUUCCCCACCACAGGCCGGACAUACUCCCUACUUCUCUAUCACAGGUCGGACAUACUCCCACCUUCCCCACCACAGGCCGGACAUACUCCCACCAUCUCUAUUACAGGUCGGACAUACUCCCACCUUCCCCACCACAGGCCGGACAUACUCCCACCAUCUCUAUCACAGGCCGGACAUACUCCUACCUUCCCUAUCACAGGCCGGACAUACUCCCACCUUCCCUAUCACAGGCCGGACAUACUCCCACCAUCUCUAUUACAGGUCGGACAUACUCCUACCUUCCCCACCACAGGCCGGACAUAUAA